CGAGAAAAUACCAUCCCAUCAACGGAAGCCACAAAAACUCAAUUGAGUGGGUCGGCGAUCCUCACCAUCGAUUCUGUUAGCGUCGUUGCACAAAGUCUUCCACCAUCAUUCCUCAAAAUCGUCACACAAAUUGAGGGCUCUCGAUUUUUCCAGAUCCGCAAUUUGGAUAGAGGUUAUGGGUAAGUCAUUCUUUGUUCGUUGUUCUACUUAUGGGUUCAUCUGCAGCUACUCCAUGUGCGACCAGUCGACCACUGGUCUCCUCAUCAUCAGUUUCUUCUUCACAAACCUAGUGUUUCACGAACUUAGCGAUUACGCGGAGAUCUGCGAAGUGAGCGAUGAGGAAUUUCACCGACAUCAGUGGUGGUUUCUUCUUCUCCUUUGCUCAUUAUUUUGGUUCCCCCGUCUUCCCAAAUAAGUGUUUCAAAACCAAUUGGAAUCCAAAUUCGUUGAGUCAAAUGAUGAAGCAGAGGGAAGGGAGGAGGAUUGCAUCGCUGUUAGGCGAAAGUUUCCAGAUCUGAAGAUACCUACGACUGUGUUGUUGAUUUCUGGGUUUGGCGACGUCGGAGUGGCAGGAGGGGAAUGCCGGUAGGAGGAGGAGGAUCUCGUCGCCCAUAGUAGGGUGACAAGUUGUUUCGAGGACAGGUUGCCCGUGAGGGGAAAACAAAGAUCGGAGUCGUAUUUAGGGGAAAGUUGGGUUUGGGCCAUUUAAUGAUCGGGCUUUUUGUUUUUAUUUUUUUAUUAAUUUUUUCAUUAAUAUAUGUGGCACUGUUGUUUAGAAAAUGUCACCAAGUCAGCAACACCGUUAGUCCAGUUAGUCAGUUACUUGAAACCAUCAAUCAAAGAAUUGAAUGGAACUGACUAUUUUGUGUAUACUAUUAUCACAAAAGUGACUAUUAUUGAUAAAAUCAUCAGAGUUAUGACCAUAGUUAGCAGUGGCGGAGCCACUCAGAGAGUUGAGGGGUGCGUGCAGCCCUUUGGAGAAAACAAUUGCAAGAUAAUUGAGCCUUACCUGAUAAUCUCAUACCACCCAUCUGACCAUCUAAACUGGAGACGUUUUGAGUUGUACCAAUUACAACGUACACUUUUAUUUAAACUAUUAUUUAAAUUCUCAAAACUCAAUUGCCACUUAUUGUCAUCUAUGACUUGUUUAAAUCCACAAAAACUCAAUUGCAAAAGGAGAAACUGAUGGAGUUGUCUACUUCUACCUUGUGAGUUUUGUCAGAGACUAAAUUCCUUUCAAGUAGUUUUAGCACUCAAGUCGCGUUAGAGAACUAAGUCAGUUUUCACUCACACUCGCUCGACUCACAAUAACAAAGAGAACUCUUGUUAGAGUUGUAUUACCCAAAACUUGAUUGAUUUAUGAAUGGAUUCACAAGUGAGGUGAAGCACUCCUUAGAUAGCCUCCGUCUUCUCAAAUGAAAGAUGCAUUAGUGACAUAUAUUGAACAAUAACUAAAUGAAAGAUGCAUUAGUUAUAUAUAUUGAACAAGAACUGUGUGCUACUUUGUACAUGAAAUGUAUUUUAUAAUGCUUUUAAUAAUAUGAAAUCCCUCAGUUCAUUUGUAAGUGACAUGCAUUGGACUAUUAUUGCGAAUCUUUAGUAUUAUUUUGAUGGCAUUUUAUUUCAUUUAGAAUUUAUUUUCUAUUAUGCAAUUGAUUUUUUGUGGUAUGGAAAAACACCCCCUUAGCCAAUAUUCUGGUUCUGCCACUAAUAGUUAGUAAAUACUCCAUUUAAUACACGUAUAUGUAUUCGUACUUAUUUUAUCCAUUUAAAACUUUCAUUUUUGUAUUAUUGUCAACCCGUUUCAUUUUUUGUCAUUUGACUCUCGUACUAAAUACAUAUAAAACUCGUAUAAGAAGUUAAAUAUCAUUAUUUAAUGAAUUAAAUUAUUAUUUAUAUAUUUAUUUUUAAAAUAAUUAACUAUUUUCAUAACUAUUAACGUACUAUUAAGCAUAACAUUACCUUAGAGACGAACCCGUACGUAUUUUAUACAUAACUUUCUUCUCUUGUAUUUUGUUACUUAUGGCUAUACAAAUGUAUUGCCGGAAGAAUGAUCUGUUCUUUCGAAGAGUAUUAGCUAGGGGUGUUCAAAUGGUUACCAUGGUAAUAACCAAACCAAAUAAGUCUAAAUUCUAUUAACCAUGGAAUACAAUAUCAUAACCAAACCGUCCAAACUAAUACAACAACCAAAUCAACCAAACUAAAGUUUAUUCGGCUUGGUUAAGUAAAUACAUGUAACAAAUACAAUUAUCUUACAUUUCACUCUUGAGUGGUUAUGCAAAGUAUUAAAUGUGUGUAUAUAAUAUAUAUUAGAUAUAUGGCUAAUUACUUAACUGGUUAAUUUGGUUUGAUUGGUUAGGAGUGUGAAACCAAACCAAACCACCUAAACCAAACAAGCUAAAUUUUUUAACAAAACCAAACCAAUUAUCGAAAUUAACCAAACCAAAUUAAUCAAACUAGUUUUUUACCGCCCGUUGGGCGGUGCAAAUUGAUUUAUAUUUUAUUGUAUUAUUUUAUUUUCUUAUGAUUCAUGUAUGUUACACUAUUAUACAUGAAAAUUUCAAUCUCCUUUACCUUAUUUCAUAAGAAGAUAUUGUUAGACCCUUUGUAUCUUCCAUUUAUUAAUGAAACAAUAAUUUUAUUAAAUUAUUUUAGGUAAACUGUUUUGUGUCUACUAUUUUUUAUUAUUAUUUUAGAUCCUAUGAAUAUCAUGCAAUAUAAGUUAUCCAUGUAAUUUUGAUAGAGCAAGAAAUCUCAUUAGCAUCCACAUAAUCAAUCUUCUGCUUAUCUAUUUUAGUUUACCUUAGCAAUGUUCUAGCAUAACCAACCAUAAAUAGAACUAUCAACUAUCAUUAAUUCAUUACAAUAAUAUUUUCAGCAAAUUUAACCGCAUAUAAAUAUAAUUGAUAUUUAGUAGAGGGCUAAAUAUUCUCUGCAAAACGAAUAUUUUUUUUAUCUAAUAACAACAUAGACGAAUAGUGAAAGUUGCAAACUUCAGUACAACUCAAUUCGUUCCAUCUUAUGAAUUCCUCAAUCAUGAACUGGAUUGAUGCAUCAAUCCACGCUAAGAAAACAAACAAAUGACAUUGCACACUUUAAGAAAUUGAAAGAACAUCGACAAAGACAACCCAAUGACCACCACUACCACUUUAUUUCUUAUUUGUGACCUUUAUAAAACUCCACAUCCCUUCUACUUAUAACCCCCUGCUACUUACUACUUACUGACUAUAUCAUCAUUGUAAAGCUAGCUAGUAGCAAGCCACUCAUGAACAUAAUAAAUAUAAAAACAUCCUCUGAUAGAACAUGGUAAGGUGACAAUCAUCACAAUUUGUUUUUCAUUUUAGCAUCCAAUGAAUAAUAUAAAAGAGAAAUGCUAGAAAUCUCGAACUUUUGAGCAAAGAAGAAAAGAUUUUUGUUUGUUUUUACAAGGCUUGACCCACUCAAUUAAUUUUAUUCUUUCUAAUCAUGGGUUUUAUUUUUAGAGAGCUAAUUUAUACAAAAAAAAAAAACGUAUAGAAACAAACUAAAAGGUUACAUUCAUUGUUAUUAACUUAAAUUUAUGUGUUAUUAAUGAUAAUGACGAUUGAAAGUGUUAACAUAAGGUACGUCAUUUAUAAUUAGAACUUGCCCACCAUGAAAGGAUGAGAGCUAUCCAUGUGUUGAUGUGCCAGUAAUUUAGUUUUGAAUAAUACCUAAAGAGAAGAUGAAAAAAAUGGUAGAUCAAGUAGGGCAAUUUACAACCCUGCCACCAUAAUAUGAAAGUACUUAAGAAAUGGAAAGAAGAGUAGAACCCGACCAGUUAAUCACAAGCAGCCAAAUAUCGUUGGAGAAGAGAGGUCAGUCAUCAGCUGCGGAUCACGGGAGAAUAGGGAGUUGUCGAUAAUACUUGGCUUGGUUACUUCGUAUUCGCAAUGAUAAGAACUAUUUUGCCAAUAGGAACAAUAUAUUACAACUACUCAAUUGUUUCACAUCUAAUUGCUGCCUCUUGUAACUAACGCAAUGAAAAAAACUCUAUGUCUUACCAUUUUCCUUACAUGUUGAUGUAUCUAUGCAUAAAAUAGUAGAGAAGAAAACAGAAAUGCUAGAAAUCUCAAAAUUUUGAGUAAAUAAGAAAAGAGUUUUGUUUGUUUUUAUAGGGUUUGACCCAAUUUCUAUCUUUUAUUUUUUCCAAUUUUCAAUUUUAUUUAGAUCAUCUACACUGGAAAAUCAAUAGAAACAAACCAAAAGAUUGCAUUCAUUGUUAUUAACUUAAUGCACAUUUUAAUGAUAAUAAUGAUGAUUUUAAGUGUAAGGAAAAAGUUUAUAAUUAGAACAUGUCCACCAUGGAAGAAUUAGAGUUAUCCAUGUGCUCAUGUGGCAAAGAUUUAGUUUUAAAUUCCUAUAAUAUUAAGUAAGGAUACUACUGAUUAAAAUGGUUACCACGGUAACCACACCGUUUGAACACCCUUGUAUUAGCUGCCUACUCUCUUCUAUUCUUCUCUAAAGCGAGCGUCAUUCGCUUCCCGGGUUUCUCGUUCCGGUAAUUCCUAGGGGAUUCUUCAGUUGGGUUGCUACUUCCGGCUCAUCAAUAAUCGAAGAUUGCUCUGUCCCCACUAGUUAAGUCGCCGACAAAACAAUCGAUCCUCUAGAGAAAAUCUCUCCGGAGUUGAAGCAGCAUCGGCAAGAUUAAAGCUAGAUCUCUGGAGCUUUUUUGACACAAGAAGAGAGAAAAAGGUGGAGAGCGAUUAGGAAAAAGUGGGGAAAAAGAAACAUUGAGGUCGAUUGCUAAGGAGGUAUCAGCGGCAGGUUUUGCGAUCGGCGAAGGAUCAUACAGCUGGCCAGAUGGGUUUGGGAUUUACAGUGGGCGUUAUUGGAGUUCUGAUUCUGGGCCACGCCGCCUAUUCAACUAUUCAGUAUAGGAGCCUGCUGAAGAUUACGGAGGAGGAGUUCUCCGGACCUCCGAUGGAGGUGGUGCUGGAGUUGCUUGUAGGGCUAUUGUUCUGUAUGUGGGCAGCUUUAACUGUGCCGGGGAAGUUCCUGUCUGUACAUCCCCAUUCCGACGAGAAUAGGGUUGUUUCUUUGCCUGAGAACGUGGAUUUCAUGAUCUUCAACCACCGUGGCAGGGCAUUCCCUUCUGAAGUCGGCUUGAAACUCAAACACUAGGUGUCAUUCUGUGUUGAAUAGACGGAUCGUAAUCUGCUGUCACGUCCACCCCCUUCAAACGAGGAAGUGGCAUCUCCAUUGUUGAAACCCACAAGACUUGGGAAAUAAUAGGCUACUGUUUGCGAGCUCACAAAUGUGGCUACUAUAUGGAGUUGUUUGUUCACGAUAACAUCAUUUUCACUAUCUCCCACAACUGAUGUUUAUUUAUUAGACUAACUCCAACCCACAAAGGGGAAUUUGGCUCCCAAAUAGCCAAAUAUGGCUUUUUAGCAGUGUUAUUAAAGCCGAGCCGCUCGGCCCGACCAGUAAAACCGUCACCCGGUCACAAAACCGGCUCGGAACAGUCUAAAAGCCGCUCCGGUUUUAUGUAGUGGUUGAAGAGCGGCCGAGGCGGUUAACCAUUCGAGCCGAUUGAGCUGCUCGUCCGGUUUUUGCAACUCAGCCACUAAAUUUAAUUAAAAAAAAUUGCACAAUAUUGAAAAUUGAAAUAAACAAAAAAUGUCGGC